AUGAUAACUAGAAAUUGUAAAGUUUUCCUUACUAAGCUUUCACAAUCUCUGCUUUUCUCCGUGCAGGUAAUUGAGCGAACCUCCUUAGGAUGGGGAACUAGAGUGAAAGGCUUUCUUGCCUGCUUUGUAGCAGGAAUUAUUUGCUCUAUAUUGGGUGUCUGUUUUCUCUGGAUUCCAAAACGCGGCUUAAUACUUUUCGCUGUCUUUUAUAGCAUUGGAAACAUAGCAUCCAUUGGUAGUACAUUGUUUCUAAUGGGACCUGUGAAACAAAUUAAAAAAAUGUUCGAGCCUACUCGACUGGCUGCUACCAUUGUGAUGCUUGUUUGCCUGGUGUGUACAUUAUGUUCUGCUUUUUGGUGGAAGAAAGCAGCACUUGCUUUAAUAUUUUGCGUCUUGCAGUUCUUUGCUAUGGCCUGGUAUAGUAUUUCAUACAUUCCAUUUGCAAGAGAUGCUGUGAUAAAGUGCUUUACAACAUGUUUGGCAUGAAAACUAUGUUUCAUGAAGGAGGAACGUUGAGCUAAGGGUGGAGCAUCUGUUAUGCUUUUUGUACCUGUUUACACAAAAUCCUCUAAGUGUCUUAAUGUAUGCUGCAAUUAAUUCUCUCUCUUUCCUGAAGCAUAACUUCAUACUCACAAUUGGAUAGUUUACAAAUCUUGGUACACUUUUCCAUAAUUUUAAAAGGAUGAUUGUUAUCCUGUAAAGUGACAUUCCAUUUUUUAGAUAAGGAUAUGGACAAUACAAAUUCAUACUUUGAAUACUACAUAACUUUUCAGAAAAUGGUGAGUCAUUUUUAAAAGCAAACACACAAGUAUUUUGUAAUAGUCUUUCAGAACCUGUGCUAUAGCUUUUAUUUUCACAAAUGCAUCCAGGAGUAUGGCGAUUUAAUUCGUGAAAAUCCAAAGGGAGAAAUUGAAAACUUUGAAAUUUAUUUGGAUAUUGAUAAUUGUGCUAAACAUUAUUUCUUAAAUUCUGGCUAAAGAGUGACCUGCUGAUAUAAGUGCAUUGCCUUAAUCAUGUAGUUGUGCUAAUACUUUUGCAAUUGAAAUUUGUGGUUUUUACAAAAGUGACUAUAAAUUAAUAAAUGUCUUUUAGAUGUUACUUUUGAGCCUGGUAACAUUUCUAACAAAACAAAAUCUGAUCAUGAGAAAUGAUUUACAUUCCAAGUUUUAAAGAAAAAUCAGUAAAAGUGCCUUCGUUUUGGGGAAUUCAAACAGUUAUGUUUCCAGUGGUCAGCUACAGUCUGAGUUGAACAAUUUUCAAUAUACUAAUACCUAGAAGACCACGUAAUCUGCUAAAUAAAUUUCUUAAUGUAUUUUUAUGCCUUAGAUGUUUGUGAAGAUGUGCCUUUUGUGUCAAUGUAAUGUAUGUCUGUAAUACAAAGCUGAAGUGAACCUGGUUGUGUACAGGAUUUCUGAAGGUUCAUAGUUUAUAGUUCUUGCUGUACUGUACUACAGGCUGCCUGCUAAUUAUGUUUAAGUGAAAGGGCCAGAACUUAAUAAAUAUAUAUUUUUUUGCCGUGAAAUUUUAUGCAGAUGUCUUCAACACUAUUUUACCAAGUAAAUCCUAAUUACUUCUAAAACCUGUAGUUUUGGAAACUGUAACACUUUCCCACCACCCAGCCUAGAAAUCACUUUUUUUUAAUAAUUCAUGUUUAUAAAUAGCUGUUCUUAGCUAUUGCAAUCAAAUGGUAAUAAUUUUGUGAUCUGCAGUAACAUGGUAUAAAAUUUUGUGCAGUUUUGAGUUUUUAAACUCUCCACUCUGGUUAUGAAGUUUUGACUUUCUAGACUCUUAUUUGAAGUGAAUGUGAAAAGAAAUUCCCAAAGAAUUUAACACACACUUUCCAUUUUGGGUUUUAGUAAAAUGUGAUGGGAUUAGGUUAAUUAUUCCAGAGUUAAGUUAACUUAAUUGUAGCUUCUAGUAUUAAUGGAAGUAGUUAGACUGAAGCAGUUUUUGAGAUCAACAGAUUGCCACAUAUACAAUUACUUACACUAUCAUCUUUAACAUAGCAAACAUUGCUUAAAGUUGUGUUUUUUUUUGUUUGCUUUCUUUACCCACUUUUUCCCUCUUUCUCUGUCAUCUGUUGUACAUUUAGUAGUGUGCAUAUUAAAAUAUUUCCAGUUUUCUAUUACAUUUGCAUGUAAUCAGAGAUUGUCAUGUUUUCUGACCCUAUCUGCUAUGCUACAUUUGAGCAAUGAGUGCCUUAAAGCACAUGUUGCAUUUUGGAAUUAUGAUGUGCUGCUUUGUUUAGAGCCAAACUUGAAUCUUUAUUACAUUGUCUUAACUACUGUUAAACUAAUUAUCCUUAAGAUUUAAUAGUUUUGACUCUUUUCUAUAUGCCUUGUGAAACUUUACCAGUCUAUUAAUCACUUUGAGAGCAUUUGAACACUAAUUAUGUUUUAUAUUGGAAAAUUCAGUCACAACUUUAAAAAAGAAUGAAAAUAUAUCUUUCAAAUGUAAUCUUCAAGAACAUUGAAACCCAUUAGGGUGCUUAUUACUGCUUCAGCUGAAUUCAGUACAGACUUGAGGUCUAACCAUAGUGGUAACCAAACCUGAGAGACUCUUUAUUCGCAGUGCUAUCAUAGCUAUUGGCACACUGCCUUUCAUAAAUGUUUCUAGUGGAUGUGGAAAAUUGGAAGGAGGAAAAGUAUCCACCUUUAUUUAACUUUUACCCUCCUCUAUAACUUGGGGCUCCUGUCUUUUUAUUUAGUGACAAUAAAUGGUAAAUAAAUCUUAGCAGUGUAGUUGCUUGUUUAUGAAGCCAUGGGAUGAGCAUGUUCUUGCAUUUGUAAGUAUGCAUUUCAUAGUUUAGUAUUCAUAUAAUUUGAGCUUUUGGUGGAAAUUUCUAUCUUGACCUAGUGUUGCCUUUGUGAAUUGUUUGCUGCAGUUAUUCCAUGUAGUAUUUGUACUGUCACUCCUUGCACUUUUAUAUUUCAAAUCUCCUUUCCCCUAAAUUACAAAAUAAAUUGAAUCUAUUUUGGAUACUCUAGUUCUCAUUAAAAGUGUGCCGUUAUCUUUUAACUGGUACAUUUUCAAGAAAAAUUGUGUACAAGUUUAUUUUCAUUUUUGAUGUCAAUUUGUGAUAGAGGGAUUAAGAAGGAUACUGUAUGCAGAUUUUUAAAAGCUGUCUCUCUGCAUCCAUUGAACUGAGAAUAUUGUGUACACAAUGCUAUUUGCAUGUACAGGCAACUGGCUUCAAACUGGAAUUUAAUUUUGUGUGCAAGAAUUAAACAUUAAUGUGUUGGAAGUUCUGGUGUAAUCUGUGUAAAUGACAUACAGACGUAUAAUUCUACAAUUGUAUUGCAUGUUUUGGAAUCGGUUUGCAUUAUUCUAGAUAUUGGUGUGGCAGAAUAGUUUCAUUUGUGUAUAGAAUCCUGUAUAGUAAAUAAAGUAAAAUUGAUUAGCAAAUUUUGUGAAGAUGUAAAAUCUAUGUACACUAAUGCUAUGUCUAACUUUGUAUAAGUGCACCUUGUCAUUAAAAUGAAG